AUGCUAGUAAACAAUGAGCACUUCAAAUACAUCACUAUCGACCCAGAAAUCUACGAAGUCGAUGAUAUGUGUUUCCCACCAUAUUUGAUCUCAAAACUACCGCCAUUUCCCGCCGGUGAUUGGAACUAUGGGCGCAUCUCUCGAACCGCGGAAAAUUCAAUGGCAUUCUUCGCCGAGACCUCCAAAAAAGAUUUCCCCUCCAUCAAACCUCUAUGGCAUACGAAAUCAUACGACUACUUAUCCUUCGAGCUUGAACAACUCAAUUCAAAUGUGUUCAUGGCAUCUUCUCCCUUGUUCGAACAGCCAAUCAUUGCCAAAUUUGCAAGAUUCGAAUGGGAAAUUGGAUACUAUAUCGCUGAAACUCAAGUGUAUUCGUGGAUAAAUGGCUGCGGUAUUGGUCCAGAGUUCUUGGGGUAUCUGACUGAAGAGGGUAGGGUGAUUGGGUUUCUUAUAGAGAAUGUUGAAGGUCGCCAUGCUACUAUCUCGGAUCUUCCAGCUUGCAAGGCUGCAGUGGAACGAUUGCAUGAUUUGGGUAUUAUUCAUGGAGAUUUGAAUAAGUACAAUUUCUUGAUUUCGGAGGGGCGGGCUGUUCUUAUUGAUUUUGAGACAGCACAGCGAUCGGAGGAUAGUGAAGCCAUAGAAAAGGAAAUGGAGGGGUUGGAGCUCCAGUUGUUAGAUAUGUCGGGUCGUGGUGGAGUAUGCUUGGAAGACACAGAACAGGAAGAUGACUGA